AUGGCAACUGGCGAAGAUACAACUCUGUUGCACAAUAGCAGGGUGAAGAAGCAAGCUGGCCCCACCGUCAGCCGCGGUAAAAAGAAGGCCGUGGUGGUGACUUCGCUUAUAGUUAUUGCCGUGCUUACUUUAUUCAUCCACUGGAUUGAUCAAAGUGCGUAUGGACCUGGCAAAUCACACCGCAGCAGUAGCAAUAAAAAGAAUUUGAUUUUCUUCGUUACCGAUGGGAUGGGCCCCGCGUCUUUGUCGCUGACUCGGUCGUUCAGACAGUACGUAGAUGGACUGCCCAUCAACGACACGUUACAGCUGGACAGACACCUGAUCGGGUCGUCGCGUACAAGAUCCUCAGACUCACUAGUGACGGAUUCUGCCGCUGGUGCCACCGCGUUUUCGUGUGGUUUAAAGAGCUACAACGGUGCGAUCGGCGUUGACCAGUUUAAGUCACCAUGCGGGACCAUAUUGGAGGCAGCGAAGCUGGAGGGGUUAUUGACAGGUCUAGUCGUGACGACGAGGAUAACGGACGCGACACCGGCCUCAUUCAGUGCACACGCAGACUACAGAAUACAGGAAGAUUUGAUUGCGUUGCAUCAGAUCGGAGAAUAUCCUCUCGGUCCUGUUGUCGACUUGAUAAUUGGUGGAGGUAGGACGCACUUUUAUCCGAAGAGCGAUCCCGGGUUCGGUUCGAGAACCGAUGGGAGGAACUUGAUCAAGGAGGUGCAAAAAAGGGGCUGGCAGUACGUGUCGGACCGCGCAGAGUUCGAUGCACUUCAACUGGGGAAGAACGUAUCCUUGCCCCUGUUGGCAUUGCUUGCCGAUAACGAUAUUCCAUUUGAUUUAGACAGAGAUGAAAAAGUGUAUCCAUCUCUAGAGGAACAAACGAUGACCGCGUUGACUGCGCUGAGUGAAGCGACGAGAGAUUCCGACAAGGGGUUCUUCCUUCUCGUGGAAGGGUCUAGAAUCGACCAUGCGGGCCACCAAAACGACCCAUCCGCACAAGUGAGAGAGGUGCUAGCGUUCGAUAAGGCUUUCGCCGCAGCAAUGGAGUUUGCGGAUAACUCUGACGUCGAGACAAUUUUGAUCUCCACGUCUGACCACGAGACCGGUGGACUGGUCACUGCGAGACAGGUGACGAAGGAGUACCCUGAUUACCUUUGGAAACCAGAAGUGCUGGGCAACUCCUCGUACUCAGGGGAGUACGCCAAGAGGAAGAUCCUAAACUAUCAUGCUGACGACAAGCUUGAUUUUGUGCGGCACGAAGUGCUGGAACGUGACCUUGGUAUCACUGACUACACGGAGGAGGAUGUCGCGGAGCUUGCCAGCUUGAAGGACUCUGAGGCGAUCCAGUACAAAAUCAACGACAUGAUUUCGUUCCGGGCUCAAAUUGGGUGGACUACACACGGGCACAGCGCGGUUGACGUCAACAUCUACGCGUACGCGAACGAGAAGAACGCGUGGUACGACAUCCUGGAUCAUUUGCAAGGGAACCACGAGAAUACCGAGAUAGGGCAGUACAUGGCGAAAUACUUGGGUUUGGAUCUAGGGAGCGUCACGGAGAAGGUUAACAAGACGAAGCACUCGCCAGAUAUGGCCGUCAAAGAAUUGGGCACAUCUGAAGUUUACGAUGAGAAUUACCACAAGUUGAUCGAUCUCCAGGGAUUAUGA